GAUUUGUUCAGUCAUCAACAGCAUUCGUGACUGGCAACGUCGCUUCGUUCGUCCGUCGCCGAAAGAAAUCGAGAAUUUCAGAAGAUUUUUUGGAUUCUACUGCCCCGCAGAGAAGGCAGUGCCUGCAUUCUUCUGCUGCUGGUCUUCUGCCUCCUCUUCUCAGCCGCGGCGCGGGCGUGUGUGCGUGUGUGCCCCCUACUCUCUCUCCAUCUCUCUCUCUCUCGUGUGUGUGUGCAUGUGUGCGUGUGUGCAGAAGAAUCGCCUACCCCCACCCCCGCCCCCCAGCCGCACAGUUAUCGGCCGAAAGAAUCAAUCGAAUCGAGCGAAUGAAAAUCAAUGAAAGCUGGAGAAACGGUAAAGAUCAACCCAAAAAACAGGCGCAGCACAGUGAGAACAACAACAACAGCAGCAGCAGCAGGACUAAGACGAACGAACAGCGAAGGCGGAGAAACUGUCGCUUAUUUUUUUCGAGUGCAUUUCUGUUCGCUAACAAAAAUAUGUGCGCGUGUAUGAGUGUCAAGUGCGAGCAACAACAACAACCAGAGCAACAACAACGACAGCAAACAUGUGCAAAAUAAGCAGCAGCAGCAACAACAGCAGCAGCAUCCCAACAAUAAUAAUCAAAAUAUAAGCAGCAGCAAUGGCUUGAAAACCAAGCAGAUCACCCACACACACAACAACCGACAACAACAACCGAAAACAACAACAUCAAACCCUCACAACUGCAACUACAACAAUCCCCAAACACAACAACAACAACAACAGCAACAGCAAAGCCCCCCCUAUAAGAAAAAUUGUUUUUCGGAACUAAAGUGAAAGAAAAAAAAAAAGAAAGAAGAGAAAAUCAAGAAACAUAACCAAAAUAACACACAGAAAUUGGCUUGUUUAUGCAUUUUUUUGAGCACGUAACAAAAACAUAAUACCUAAGGUGUACUUGUGUACUUGUGAUGACUGUAACUGAGAGGAAAAGCCCAGCCAAGCCAGCAUAACUAACGAACACCAUCGGGAACACGAAUAAUGCCAGGCCCCAUUAGACCCAAAUCGGUAGAGUCCAAGUCGAAAAAGUGAGAGAACCAGAGUCGAGAAGAACCGAAAACAAGCGAACACCGACUGAGAAUCGAAUUAACCCCAGAAAGCCCACGAAUGCAGCCAACAUUGCCACAAGCCGCUGGGACAGCCGAUAUGGAUCUGACGGCUGUUCAAUCAAUCAACGAUUGGUUUUUCAAAAAGGAGCAAAUUUAUUUAUUGGCACAGUUUUGGCAACAGCGCGCUACCCUGGCCGAGAAGGAAGUGAACACACUCAAAGAGCAGCUAUCCACCGGCAAUCCCGACAGCAACCUCAACAGCGACAACAGCGACACAGCAGCAGCAGCAGCAGCAGCAACAGCAGCAACAGCAGUUGCAGCAGCAACCAACGACAGUGAGGAGGAUCAGCAGCAGCAGCAGCAGCUACACUUGGAGGCAGACAGCGACAAGCUGCUGAACAGCUCCAUUGUUGCAGCGGCCAUCACGCUGCAGCAGCAGAACGGCAGCAAUCUGCUGGCAAACACAAACACGCCGUCGCCCUCGCCGCCGUUGCUCAGCGCCGAGCAGCAGCAGCAGUUGCAGAGCAGUUUGCAACAGAGCGGCGGUGUCGGCGGCGCCUGCCUCAAUCCCAAGCUCUUCUUCAAUCACGCCCAGCAGAUGAUGAUGAUGGAGGCGGCAGCUGCGGCAGCGGCGGCCUUGCAACAGCAGCAGCAACAGCAAUCGCCGAUGCACUCGCCGGCGACAGAGGUUGCCAUCCCCACAGAGCAGCCGGCAGUAACGGCAACAGGAGCAGCAGCGGUAGCAGCAACACCAAUUGCAAGUGGCAACAUCAAGAGCGGCGGCAGCAGCAGCAGCAACAUCAAUCACACCAGCAACAACAGUCACCAGGACGAGGAGGAGCUGGACGAGGAGGAGGAGGAGGAGGAUGACGAGGACGAGGACGAUGAGGAGGAGAAUGCCUCGAUGCUAUCGAAUGCUGAUGACAUGGAGCUGGAUGCACCGCAAGAAACCAGAACUGAGCCAAGUGCAACAACACAGCAGCAGCAGCAGCAGCAGCAGCUGCAACAGCAGGAUGCAGAUCUUGAGGAGAGCAAGGAGGCGGGGCAGGCUUUAAAUGUUAGCAAUAAUCACACAACCGAUAGCAAUAAUAGUUGUAGUCGAAAGAACAACAAUGGCGGCAAUGAGAGCGAGCAACAUGUUGCCAGUUCCGCGGAGGACGAUGAUUGCGCCAACAACAAUACGAACACCAGCAAUAACAACAACACCAGCAGCACCGCCACCAGCAACACCAACAACAACAAUAACAACAACAACAACAGCGGCAGCGGCAACAGCGAGAAGCGCAAGAAGAAGAACAAUAACAACAACAAUGGCCAGCCGGCUGUUCUACUAGCUGCCAAAGAUAAGGAGAUUAAAGCACUUCUGGACGAGCUGCAACGCCUGAGGGCGCUGGAGCAGACGCACCUGGUGCAAAUCCAGCGACUGGAGGAGCACCUGGAGGUCAAGCGGCAGCACAUCAUGCGCCUGGAGGCCCGCCUGGACAAGCAGCAGAUCAAUGAGGCGCUGGCCGAGGCCACCGCCUUGGCGGCAGCUGCUGCCACCAACAACAACAACAACAGCCAGAGCAGCGACAACAACAAGAAGCUGGAUGCCACCCCGCUGGAUGCCUCAUCAUCCAUAUCCAUUGGCGAUCUGCCGGAGGCCACCAAGGCCCCCGCAGCUCCCGCGGAGGAUGAGGACGAGGACGAGGAUCAGGCCAUGCUGGUGGACGCCGAGGAGGCGGAGGUCAAGCCGGAGGAGCCGACCCACCAUCGCGACGAGGAGGACGACGAGGAGGAGGAGGAGGCCGAGGAUCGGGAGGCGGUCAAUGCCACCGCCAACGAUAGCAACGAGCUCAAAAUCAAAAAGGAACAGCACAGUCCGCUGGAUCUGAAUGUGCUCAGUCCGAAUUCGGCCCUGGCCACUGCCGCCGCGGCCGCCGCUGCCGCCGCCUGCGCCAACGACCCCAACAAAUUCCAGGCGCUGCUCAUCGAGCGGACCAAAGCCCUGGCCGCCGAGGCGCUCAAGAAUGGCGCCAGUGAUGCCAUCAGCGAAGAAAUCAACCGAAAUGAAGCAGAAGCAGCAGACGAAGAACCAGCCACUGCAGCACUUGCAACGCUGGCCACACUGGCCACGCCUGCAACACUGGCCACAUCAAGUGUGGCAACACUGGCAAGCGAAAAGGAAGCGAAAGUGGGCCAUGAAAUGGCGCCCAAACAGGAAAUCGAAGAAGUGGACGAGGAGGAGGAGGAGGAGGAUCCGGUGAUCCUGCCCGAGCAACUGGUCAACGAUUACUGGCGACGGGGCUUCGAGUCGGGGAACAAUGCAAAUAACACGAACAAUACAAAUGCCAGCCAAGGGAGCAAAACGCCAACAAUUUAUCAAAGUCUUAGGGCCGAGCAGCAGGCACAAUUGCUGCCGCCGCCGCCACCACCGCCCCCGCAGCAACAGCAACAUCUACACUUUCCACAGCAGCAACAACAACAACAGCAACAGCAGCAACUGCAACAACAGCAGCAGCAGCAGCAGCAACAGCAACAUGGACCAUCGUCCACAGCCUUGCUUAGUCAACUGGUUAACUCAACAUUUUCCAACUCUUCCAACUCUUCUCGCCUAGAUGCCCACCACCAACAGCAGCAGCACCACCAGCAACAGCAGCAACACCACCAGCAGCCACAUCACCAGCAACACCACCAGCAGCAGCAACACCUCCACCAGCAGCAACACCAUCAUCACCUGCAGAACAGCGGCAGCAGCAGCAAUCCCGCCACCAACGACCACCAUCAUGGACACCACUUGCACGGCCACGGGCUGCUGCAUCCGUCGGCGGCGCACCACCUGCACCACCAGCAGGCGGCCAACGAGUCCAGCUCGAACUCGAGCACACCCACUGCGGCGGCCAACAGUGGCAGCAAUGGCAGCGGCAACACGAACGCCACCAGCAAUGCCACCGCUCAGCUGGCCGCCAGCUUGGCCAGCACCCUGAACGGCAACAAGUCGCUGCUCCAGGAGGAUAGCAAUGGCCUGGCCGCCGCCGCCGCCAUGGCCGCCCAUGCCCAGCAUGCCGCCGCCCUGGGUCCGGGCUUCCUGCCCGGCCUGCCGGCCUUCCAGUUUGCCGCCGCCCAGGUGGCCGCCGGUGGCGAUGGACGUGGUCACUAUCGUUUCGCCGACUCCGAGCUGCAAUUGCCACCGGGUGCAUCGAUGGCCGGGCGCCUGGGCGAAUCCCUCAUACCCAAGGGUGAUCCCAUGGAGGCCAAGCUGCAGGAGAUGCUGCGCUACAACAUGGACAAGUAUGCCAAUCAGGCCCUGGACACGCUGCACAUCUCGCGACGCGUCCGGGAACUCCUGUCGGUGCACAACAUCGGGCAGCGACUGUUCGCCAAAUAUAUUCUCGGGCUGUCGCAGGGCACCGUGUCGGAGCUGCUGAGCAAACCCAAGCCGUGGGACAAGCUGACGGAGAAGGGACGCGAUAGCUACCGCAAAAUGCACGCCUGGGCCUGUGACGAUAAUGCCGUCAUGCUGCUCAAAUCGCUGAUACCCAAGAAAGACUCUGGCCUGCCGCAGUAUGCGGGUCGCGGAGCCGGCGGCGCUGGCGGCGAUGAUUCCAUGUCCGAGGACCGGAUUGCCCACAUCCUCAGCGAGGCCUCGUCGCUGAUGAAGCAGGGCGGCGUGGUGCCGCACCGGGAGCAGGAGCGUCGCAGUCACGGCGGCGAGGACUCGCACAGCAACGAGGACAGCAAGUCGCCGCCGCAGAGCUGCACCUCGCCGUUCUUCAAGGUGGAGCAGCAGCUGAAGCAGCACCAGCACCUCAAUGCCGACCAGGCCGCCGCCGCCCAGCAGCGGGAGAGGGAGCGCGAGCAGCGGGAGCGGGAGCAGCAGCAGCGACUGCGGCACGAGGACCUGGCCCAGGACAAGAUGGCCCGCCUCUACCAGGAGCUCAUCGCACGCACGCCCAGGGAGACAGCUUUUCCAAGCUUCCUCUUCUCGCCCUCGCUCUUCGGAGGAGCCGCUGGCAUGCCGGGAGCAGCCGGCAACGCCUUCCCCGCCAUGGCCGACGAGAAUAUGCGCCACGUGUUCGAGCGCGAGAUUGCCAAGCUGCAGCAGCACCAGCAGCAGCAACAGGUCGCCCAGGCGCAGGCCCAGUUCCCGAACUUCUCGAGCCUGAUGGCCCUGCAGCAGCAGGUGCUCAACGGCGCCCAGGACCUCUCGCUGGCCGCCGCCGCCGCCAAGGACAUCAAGCUGAAUGGCCAGCGAUCCUCGCUGGAGCACAGUGCCGGCAGCAGCAGUUGCUCCAAGGAUGGCGAACGCGAUGAUGCCUACCCGAGCUCGCUGCACGGUCGCAAAUCGGAGGGUGGCGGCACCCCAGCCCCACCGGCCCCGCCAUCUGCCGGCGCCGGAGCACCACCCACGGCGGCACCACCGACCGGAGGAGCCAGCAGCAACUCGGCGGCACCCAGCCCACUGAGCAACUCGAUCCUGCCGCCGGCGCUGAGCAGCCAGGGCGAGGAGUUCGCCGCCACAGCCAGUCCGCUGCAGCGCAUGGCCUCCAUCACCAACUCGCUGAUCACCCAGCCGCCGGUGACGCCGCACCACAGUACACCACAGCGACCCACCAAGGCGGUGCUGCCGCCGAUCACCCAGCAACAGUUCGACAUGUUCAACAACCUGAACACCGAGGACAUUGUGCGCCGUGUGAAGGAGGCCCUCUCCCAGUACUCCAUCUCGCAGCGAUUGUUCGGCGAGUCGGUGCUGGGCCUGUCGCAGGGUUCCGUCUCCGAUCUGCUGGCCCGGCCCAAGCCCUGGCACAUGCUCACCCAGAAGGGGCGCGAACCCUUCAUCCGCAUGAAGAUGUUCCUGGAGGACGAGAAUGCGGUGCACAAGCUGGUGGCCAGCCAGUACAAGAUUGCGCCCGAGAAGCUGAUGCGCACGGGCAGCUACAGUGGCAGUCCGCAGAUGCCCCAGGGGCUGGCCAGCAAGAUGCAGGCCGCCUCGCUGCCCAUGCAGAAGAUGAUGAGCGAGCUGAAGCUGCAGGAGCCGGCACAGGCGCAGCACUUGAUGCAGCAAAUGCAGGCGGCGGCCAUGUUGCAGCAGCAACAGGUGGCCCAGGCGCAGCAGCAGGCCCAGCAGGCGCAGCAGGCCCAGCAGCACUUGCAGCAGCAGGCGCAGCAGCACCUGGCCCAGCAGCAGCAGCAGCAUCUCGCCCAGCAGCAGCAUCCCCAUCAGCAGCACCAUCAGGCCGCGGCCGCAGCAGCCGCCCUGCACCACCAGAGCAUGCUCUUGACCUCGCCCGGCCUGCCGCCGCAGCAUGCCAUCAGCCUGCCGCCGUCGGCGGGUGGCGCCCAGCCGGGCGGUCCCGGCAGCCAGGGCAGCGCCAAUGCCUCGAGCAGCGAGAAGAAGCCCAUGCUGAUGCCCGUGCACGGCACGAACGCGAUGCGCAGCCUGCACCAGCACAUGUCACCCACCGUCUACGAAAUGGCCGCCCUCACCCAGGACCUGGACACGCACGACAUCACCACCAAGAUCAAGGAGGCCCUGCUGGCCAACAACAUUGGCCAGAAGAUAUUCGGCGAGGCCGUCCUGGGCCUGUCCCAGGGAUCCGUCUCCGAGCUGCUGAGCAAGCCCAAGCCCUGGCACAUGCUCUCCAUCAAGGGCCGGGAGCCCUUCAUCCGCAUGCAGUUGUGGCUCAGCGAUGCCAACAAUGUGGAGCGGCUGCAGCUGCUGAAGAACGAGCGACGCGAGGCCAGCAAACGGCGGCGCAGCACGGGCCCCAAUCAGCAGGACAACAGCAGCGAUACCUCCAGCAAUGAUACCAAUGACUUCUACACCAGCAGUCCCGGCCCCGGAUCCGUGGGCUCGGGCGUCGGUGGGGCACCGCCGAGCAAAAAGCAGCGCGUCCUCUUCUCCGAGGAGCAAAAGGAGGCACUGCGUCUGGCCUUCGCCCUGGAUCCGUACCCCAAUGUGGGCACCAUUGAGUUUCUGGCCAAUGAAUUGGGCCUGGCCACGCGUACGAUCACCAAUUGGUUCCACAACCAUCGCAUGCGCUUGAAGCAACAGGUGCCGCACGGCCCGGCGGGCCAGGAUAACCCGAUACCGAGCCGCGAGAGCACCAGCGCCACGCCCUUCGAUCCCGUCCAGUUUCGCAUCCUGCUGCAGCAGCGUCUGCUGGAGCUGCACAAGGAGCGCAUGGGCAUGAGCGGUGCCCCCAUUCCGUAUCCGCCGUACUUUGCCGCCGCCGCCAUUCUGGGACGCAGUCUGGCAGGGAUUCCCGGUGCGGCAGCGGCAGCCGGAGCAGCUGCAGCGGCCGCCGCUGUGGGCGCCUCGGGCGGCGAUGAGCUGCAGGCCCUGAAUCAGGCCUUCAAGGAGCAGAUGAGCGGCCUGGACCUGUCGAUGCCCACGCUGAAGCGUGAGCGCAGCGAUGACUACCAGGAUGACCUGGAGCUCGAGGGCGGUGGCCACAAUCUGAGUGACAACGAGUCGCUGGAGGGCCAGGAGGCGGAGGACAAGACCACCGAUUACGAGAAGGUGUUGCACAAAUCCGCACUGGCCGCCGCCGCCGCCUACAUGUCCAAUGCAGUGCGAAGUUCGCGACGCAAGCCGGCCGCCCCGCAGUGGGUCAAUCCUGCCGGAGCGGUGACCAACCCGAGUGCUGUGGUGGCAGCCGUGGCAGCGGCAGCCGCCGCGGCGGCGGACAACGAGCGCAUCAUCAACGGUGUGUGCGUGAUGCAGGGCUCCGAGUAUGGACGCGACGAUGGCGAUGGCCAGAAGCCGGCGGACGGCGGCAACGACUCCGACCAUGAGCAUGCCCAGCUGGAGAUCGACCAGCGCUUCAUGGAGCCGGAGGUGCACAUCAAGCAGGAGGAGGACGACGACGAGGAGCAGUCGGGCCUGGGUGGCCUGGACAACGAGGACAGUGCCGGCGACCAGAAGCUGAAGGUGGUCAACGAGGAGAAGCUGCGAAUGGUGCGGGUGCGGCGGCUGAGCAGCACCGGUGGCGGCUCCUCCGAGGAGAUGCCCGCCCCACAGGCGCCCCCGCCGCCGCCACCGCCGCCAGCAUCUGCGGCAGCCUCCGCCAGCGGCGAGAGCAGCACCGGCAGCAGCAGUAGCUCCGCCAGCAGCGGCACCACAGCGGCGGUGGCCACAGCUGCUGCGUCCACGGCAGCCGGCUGGAAUUACUAGAUAAACUAAAUAUGAAUUCAGUGCAAUGUAGUGAGGAGCGGAGAUGGAAACGCGUUUACUUGUGAUUAAGUUUGAAUGUUUAAACGAUGUGAGGACCCCGGAGACAUACAUACAUACAUUAUAUACAUACAUCUAUAUAUAUAAAUAUAUAUAGUAAAUAGCACGUAGGCCCUAGAAAACUCUAUUUUUUUUUUGUUUUUUUUCUAUUGAACAUUAACUACUAAAUAUAGGCGUUAGUUGUAGGCGAUAAGGUAGCCUUAGGUUGAGGAGUUGUAAUAGUUGUAGCUAAAAGUUUAGAGACGCUAUGCGAUGAUUAUGAUGAUCAGAUGAUUAUGUUGAUGUGCGAGGGAGCAGCGCAAAAGUAUUAACGAAGGAAAGCCCAUUUAAGAGACCCCCGACUUGCCGAAGAACUUUAACCAAAACGUCGAGAUCCGAUUGAUAGUGAAAGAUUUGAUCUUGCAAAGAUGUUCGAUUUCGAUUUUUCGAUUUGUUUCUACUUGAAGACUGUAAGCAAAGGCGGUAGGAUUGAUAACUACACACGUAAUUCUAUUCUAUAUAUUUUUUUUUUGAGAAACUAUUAUAUGAUUAUUAGCAGUUUAGCUGGUUAAGUGUAAAUACAUAAACAAAUGACGAUGUGUACAUAGAUUUCUCGCGAGGCACAUGAUCUUGCUGUCGUUCUUCCUAAAGAAAAUCCUACCCACUACCACCCUCAGCAACCGACUUGUUUAACUAUCUUUUGAUCUCAAGCAAAAAACAAAACAAAAAACAAAGCAAACCCGAUAUUGAAAAGGGGAUUCCCCAGCAGGAAGGAGUGGAGUGAAAAUCCAAAGUAAAAGAUAGUUAAAGGCAGGGCAGAAAUGCAUCUGGCAGAACAUUUCCCCCCUUUUUUUUGUUGCCCAAAACAUAAAUAAUAUGACGAAAGGAAGGCAAAUCGAGAAAAAUAUAUAACAAUAAACUUUGUAAAUUCUGAAUUUACAUAAAAAUCACACACACCCACACACCAACUACACGUACACAACAAACAAACACACCCACACACAAACACAAAUUGAGUAAUUCAUAAUUAUAGCAAAAAUAAACAUGCAAAAUGCACUAAAUUAUUUAUAAUCUAAUUAUUCUAUACAUAAUUAUAUAUAAUUAUACAUAUGCAUAUAAAGCGAAGAGCGGAAAAUUUAUCAACUUAGCCUAACGGUAAUUUAAAUUUGCAUUAAACCCUAGCAUAAAUAACUACAAUUUUUUUCUGUGAAUCUAAAAUAUUUAAAGAUGAAAAUAAAAAACACACAACCCGCAUAUCGUACUAAAGAAAUUACAUAAAAGAAAGGAAAAAGUUAAAAAAAAAAAACACAAAAACCCUAAUCUAAGACAGCCAAUUUUUUUUGCCUAGACCUAAGUUUACAACGUAAUCGUAAUAUUAAAUAAAUUACAAAAUAAACAAGCAAACAAAUGCAACAAAAAAA